AUGUCUAAAGCUGUUGGUAUUGAUUUAGGAACCACAUACUCUUGUGUGGCUCAUUUCGCAAAUGAUAGAGUUGAAAUUAUUGCUAAUGACCAAGGUAACAGAACUACACCAUCUUUUGUUGCAUUCACUGAUACUGAAAGGUUAAUUGGUGAUGCAGCCAAGAAUCAAGCUGCUAUCAACCCUGCCAACACUGUUUUCGAUGCUAAACGUUUAAUUGGUAGAAAAUUUGAUGAUCCAGAAGUUCAAAAUGAUAUCAAGCAUUUUCCAUUCAAAGUUAUUGACAAGGGUGGUAAACCAAACAUUCAAGUUGAAUACAAAGGUGAACACAAUGUCUUGAUCUUUGACUUGGGUGGUGGUACUUUUGAUGUUUCAUUGUUGGCUAUUGAUGAAGGUAUUUUCGAAGUUAAAGCUACUGCUGGUGAUACUCACUUGGGUGGUGAAGAUUUCGAUAACAGAUUGGUUAACUUUUUCAUCCAAGAAUUCAAGAGAAAGACCAAGAAGGAUAUUUCUGGUAACCAAAGAGCAUUGAGAAGAUUGAGAACUGCUUGUGAAAGAGCAAAGAGAACCUUGUCAUCAUCUGCUCAAACCUCAAUUGAAAUUGAUUCAUUGUAUGAAGGUAUUGACUUUUACACUUCAAUCACUAGAGCUAGAUUUGAAGAAUUGUGUGCUGACUUAUUCAGAUCCACUUUGGACCCAGUUGAAAAAGUUUUGAAGGAUGCCAAGAUUGACAAGUCACAAGUUGAAGAAAUUGUCCUUGUUGGUGGUUCAACCAGAAUUCCAAAGAUUCAAAAAUUGGUUUCCGAUUUCUUCAAUGGUAAAGAAUUGAACAAGUCUAUCAACCCAGAUGAAGCUGUUGCUUAUGGUGCUGCUGUCCAAGCUGCCAUCUUGACCGGUGACACUUCGUCCAAGACCCAGGAUAUCUUGUUGUUGGAUGUUGCUCCAUUGUCAUUAGGUAUUGAAACUGCUGGUGGUAUCAUGACCAAAUUGAUUCCAAGAAAUGCUACUAUUCCAACCAAGAAGUCCGAAACCUUCUCCACCUAUGCUGAUAACCAACCAGGUGUCUUGAUUCAAGUGUUUGAAGGUGAAAGAGCCAAGACCAAGGACAACAACUUGUUGGGUAAAUUCGAAUUAUCUGGUAUUCCACCAGCACCAAGAGGUGUUCCACAAAUCGAAGUUACUUUUGAUAUCGAUGCCAAUGGUAUCUUGAAUGUUUCUGCUUUGGAAAAGGGUACCGGAAAGACUCAAAAGAUUACCAUCACCAACGAUAAAGGUAGAUUAUCCAAAGAAGAUAUCGAGAGAAUGGUUAACGAAGCUGAAAAAUACAAGGAAGAUGACGAAAAGGAAGCUGCUAGAGUGCAAGCCAAGAACCAAUUGGAGUCAUAUGCUUAUUCAUUGAAGAACACCAUCAAUGACGGUGAAUUGAAGGAUAAGAUUUCAGCUGACGAUAAGGAGAAGUUGACCAAGGCUAUUGAUGAAACUGUAACUUGGUUGGAUGGAUCACACUCUGCUUCUACUGAAGAGUACACUGACAAACAAAAAGAAUUGGAGUCUGUUGCUAACCCAAUUAUUAGCGGAGCUUAUGGUGCUGGUGGGGCUCCAGGUGCUGGCGCUGGAGCUGGAGGUUUCCCAGGUGGAGCUCCAGGUGCAGGGGGUGCUGCUCCAGGCGGUGGUGAUGCUGGUGGACCAACUGUUGAAGAAGUUGAUUAA